AUGAAGCUGGACCAGAGGGAACCAGCCUGGCUCUCACUCACCGUGGGUCGCAGGUUCUUUGUGACAGGACCACUGAGCCACUACUUCUACCUCUUCAUGGAACACUGGAUCCCUCCCGAGGUGCCUCUGGCCACGGUCAAGAGGCUUCUGCUAGACCGUCUGCUCUUCGCACCAGCCUUCCUGAUGCUGUUCUUCCUCUUCAUGAACCUGCUGGAGGGGAAGGGCGCUGAUGCCUUCGCUGCCCGGAUGAAGAGUGGCUUCUGGCCUGCGCUUCAGAUGAACUGGAGGGUGUGGACACCCGUGCAGUUUAUUAACAUCAACUACGUACCUCUGCAGUUCCGCGUGCUCUUUGCCAACCUGGCAGCUUUGUUCUGGUAUGCCUACCUGGCCUCUCUGAAGAAGAGAGAACCACUUUCUCUAAUCAACCUGAGAAAGAGGAAUGUGGAAUCUGGAGAAGAAGAACUAGCGUCCAGGCUAGACCAUUACAAAGCCAAGGCCACAAGGCACAUCUUCCUCAUCAGGCACUCCCAGUAUCAUGUGGAUGGCUCCAUGGAAAAGGACCGGACUCUGACCCCCCUGGGCCGGGAACAGGCUGAACUUACCGGACUCCGACUUGCAAGCUUGGGGUUGAGGUUUAAUAAAAUUGUCCAUUCCUCCAUGACACGUGCUGUCGAGACCACAGACAUCAUCAGCAAGCACCUGCCAGGUGUCUGCAGAGUCAGCACAGAUCUGCUGCGGGAAGGCGCUCCCAUCGAGCCCGACCCUCCUGUGUCUCACUGGAAGCCAGAUGCUGUGCAGUAUUAUGAAGAUGGAGCCCGGAUUGAGGCUGCCUUCCGGAACUAUAUCCACCGGGCAGAUGCCAAACAAGAAGAGGACAGCUAUGAAAUCUUCAUAUGUCAUGCCAAUGUCAUUCGCUACAUUGUGUGCAGAGCCCUACAGUUUCCUCCGGAAGGCUGGCUCCGUCUGUCCCUCAACAAUGGGAGCAUCACUCACUUGGUGAUUCGACCCAAUGGUCGAGUUGCUCUCAGAGCCCUUGGGGACACGGGAUUCAUGCCCCCCGAGAAGAUCACCCGGUCCUGAGGCUACCUGUGAGAUCCUUUUCAAGUGGCAUCCUGACUCGAGCCUUCUUUCCCUGUCCAGGCAGCACUACAGUGUCAUUUUGUGUUUCAACGAAGAAGCUGGCAGGAAAGUAUGUAAAUGUCUCAUGCUGUAUUUGGGUGCUUAUUUUUAGCCCACGCUAAAAAGGGAAACCAUUCUGGCCAGUGGCUUCUCUACCCUAUGUGCCCUUUCAGAACAACCCUGUGGAGUGUGGGGCAAAAAAUUCUCAGGCAAAGGCAGGCUUGUUCUAGGGAGAGCUGGCUUCAUUGAGAUUUGCACUAAGGUCUUGACCACAGCUGCCCAGUAAUCCCGGGUUUGAUAGAAAGCCUGUCAGACAAGAUGGCCUUUUGUUUCCACCUCAUUUUGCUUCUUAUACUCUUCAUUUCUGAAAACUCUUGUCAUUUAAGUAUUUCUGGUUUUCUUUACCUGGGGUCUUGGUAUAUAUCUGUGCAGGUAGACCUGAACCUUCAGGGAAGGAAUAAAGCUUUGGAAAAGCUACGGCCUGCUCCUUUGAGAAGUUGUAGGUGAAUAACUGUCCUGUAGGGUGUUUUCUGGAGCCAAUAAAGUAUCUUGGACUGUGGGAGUAUAGGGACUCACACUGUAACCCUAGCACUCGGGAAGACUGGGACAAGAGGAUCUCAAACAGAAGUAUCCAGGACUGAGCUUGCCACUGGCUUCUGUUAAUCUUGUGGGUUAGAGUACUUUGCCCCAAAUGUUAAGAAAAACAAUUUCUAUAUGAUAGAAGUGCUCUCAAUAAGCGUGUUUUCUAUCAGCAGAAUUGGGAUAUUUGGGUGGCUCCAUUUUCUUUGUAAAUAACCAUGUAAUAAAGCUUCAGUGGUGUUUUUUA